AUGGAAUCCAUAGCAAAGCUCCCUCAAACAUUCAAAGAGAACCCUUCGGUGAUCUUUGAUUCAACAGCUCUAAACCAUCAACCAGACCAAAUACCUCAACAAUUCGUAUGGCCCGACCAUGACAAACCCUCUACAAACGUUCCAAUCCUACAAGUCCCUAUCAUUGACAUCGCCGGCUUCUUCUCCGGCGACCCGUUCUUGGUCACGGAGGCUACAAGACUCGUCUCAGAAGCGUCAAAGCAACAUGGUUUCUUCCUAGUCACCAAUCACGGAGUCGAUGAGAGGCUCUUGUCUAAUGCCUAUAUGUUGAUGGACACAUUCUUUAAGUCGUCGACUUUUGAGAAAGAGAAGGCUCAAAGGAAGUGGGGAGAGAGCUCAGGUUACGCUAGUAGCUUUGUAGGGAGAUUCGAGACGAAUCUUCCGUGGAAGGAAACGCUGUCGUUCUUGUUCACCCCAGAGGAGAAGAACGAGAACCACGCACAAAACGUUAACGAUUUCGUUUUAAAGACAAUGGGAGAAGAUUACAAAGAUUUUGGGAGGGGUUUUCAAGAAUACGCGGAGGCCAUGAGCAAUCUCUCACUGAAGAUCACGGAGCUUCUUGCAAUGAGUCUUGGCAUCAAUAGGAAUCAUUUCAAAGAUUUUUUCGAAGACAACGAAUCGAUCUUGAGAUUGAAUUACUACCCAAAGUGCAAGCAAUCGGAUGUUGUGCUAGGGACAGGACCACACUGCGACCCAACCUCUCUAACCAUACUUCAACAAGACGAAGUCAGUGGUCUUCAAGUUUUCGUGGACAACAAAUGGCAAUCAAUCCCUCCUAAUGCGGAAGCAUUGGUGGUAAACAUUGGCGACACUUUCAUGGCUCUAACGAAUGGAAUAUACAAGAGUUGCUUGCAUCGGGCGGUGGUGAAUAGCGAGAUAGAAAGGAAGUCACUUGCAUUCUUUCUAUGUCCAAAAUUUGACAAAGUGGUGAAGGCACCAGUGGAAUUAAAAGGUGGAAGAGCGUAUCCGGAUUUUACAUGGUCUAUGUUGCUUGACUUUGUAACGAAUCAUUACAGAGCAGACAUGAACACUCUUGAAGAGUUCACACAUUGGCUCAAGAACAGAGGAAGUCUUGGUGAUGGAUCUGGGCAAAAGGAAGAGGCAAUAAGUGUUGUGGCACAUAAAGUGGCUUCAUAA